AUGGGUCCCGGUUUGCUCAAAACCGGUGCCAAACAGUGGGUUCAAAUUUCGCGAACCCUUCUUCCCCGCGCCUGCGCCUACAACUCCUUCCCCUCUCUCUCUCUCUCUCCGCUGCACCCACUGCCACCACACCCUCCGGCCACCGGCCACCGUCGACCACCUCCGGCCAUUGCAACCACCACGCGAACGAGCCCCCUUUGCUGCACCUCCAUUUCGCGUCUCUCUCUCUCUCUCGCACGUCUCUCUCUCUCUCUCCGCUGCACCCACUGUCGCGGCGUUGCCUAUGGCCUCGAGGAAACGGACCACCCAUGGUUUUCGACGUCAAUGGGUAACCCUAUCCCUGCGCUUGGAGAAUCUAUCUCUUUUGGGAGAUUUAUGACAGAAAACUUAGAUUGGGAGAAAUGGUCAACAUUCACUCAAAAUCUCUAUGUUGAAGAAGUUGAGAGAUAUUCCAAGCUGGGUUCUGUGGCCGCGAAUGGAACUUUUGAGUUGGAAUUCAUCCUCUGAAACGAGUUCAAAAGUGCAAAACGCGUUGAAGAAAACUCUGUAUAUGGCAUCGGUUAUGAAAUAACCGAGGCAUAAAACUGGGUAUAUGGC